CCGCUGGUUUGGCAAGUGGGCAAAGCAAAGCAAAACCAACCAGACCCUUCUCUCAGACUCUCUCUCUCUCUCUAACCAAAACCAGAACCAGAACCAGAAGAAGAGUGAAGAGCCGAGACCACCGCCGAUGGCCGACGAAGCUAUCAUGGACCUUCCCUUACCGGAACGCGCCCCCAUUCCCUCCGGUGAUCACUCCGUCUGGGCCGACGUGUCGCCGCUCCUCGACGCCGCGUGUAAAGAUCUUCAAGAUGGCAUGCUCAUUCAUGGAGAUAAUUUCAAUCUUUUUGCUGCCAUGUCUGCUUUAGAGAUAAUGGACCCAAAGAUGGAUUCCGGUAUCGUUUGUAAAUACUACUCUGUUGACGAAGCAAUUGAGGAUGGUGCUGCUCCAGUUCCUAUUAGCUCUGAUAGAACGGUGGAUGUUCAGUGCACUAUUGAUAUUAUGGACCAUCUUCUAGCGUGUGAGGCGACAUGGCACAAGGGUCAUUCACUGGCUCAAACUGUCUUCUCUUGCAUCUAUCUUCUCCGGCCUGAUAGGACAUCUUCACAUGCAUUACUACAUUCUUAUUGCAAAGUCGUACGAGCAACCUGCAAGACGGUCAUUUCAGUUGUCUCAGAUGCACGCACUCAUGAAGAAGAAGACCUCUUUACAAUGUCAUAUGGUCUGGCUUUGCAUGGGGAUGGAGAUGAUAAGUGCUUGUCAAUGCUAAAUGCUGUUGAAGAAACAGUCAAUCGCCAAUUACGUGCUUGUAAAGCCCCAUCGUCAAAAAGAAGAGUGUUAGAAGACUUUGUGCCACUGCAAAAUAAUCUUGAAUUGGAGGAAGCCUACUGCAAAGCUUUGUUAUGCCGCUUACGUUUUCGUAAGCAUUUUUAUCAUGUUCUUACUUGCAUGAGACGUCCUCAAGGGAGAGGUUUGGAGUUGGCAAGAAAGCAUAUAGCCUCCUGCAUAUCAGAAUUACAGUGCAUGCUUAACUCAUCGGAGUUCCUUAGAUCUAGGUCUCCUGGAACUCAUGAAGGAAGUAUAGAAGAUAAAACUACUGCUUCUGGCUGUCAAGCAAUUGGAUUUGAUGCUAGUUUAAACUGUAGAUUAUCUGCUCCAACACCACCACGCGCAAUAAAAAUUCUUAGUUGGAAAAAGGCUAUUGAAUAUUUUAUGAAACUUCUUCACGAUCUGGAUGUCAUAUGUUCCUACCCUUUGGACCCAUCUUUAGAAAGUGUUCUGCACUUUGUGGUUGAAUUCCAAAAAUCUUUGCCUGAUUUAGUAGCAAGAGCUCAUCUUCAGCGUCUGCUUGUUGAAGAUGGGAAACUCUAUGGCCGGGAUCCUCUCUUUGGUGUUAUUACCAGAGCUGCAGCUGUACCUGAUUCUAUAAGGAACCAUGAUAUGCAGAAACAUGAAUCAAUUGUUUACCUGGGACAGUUGGUAAUCAACUUGCUAAAAAUUUUAUGUACGAAUAGUGCAUGGCAAAGGCGUAAGCUUGGAAAGAUUUUACAAGAUUGGCGUGUUGUCUACAUACAGCUAGAGAUGGCCUUUAGAAAGGAGUCGGGGGAAAGCACAGAUUCUUCAAAUGAUGAGAAUGCGUGCAUGAAUAUAGCCCAACACAUCCUUGUUUGGGUGGAGGAGCAAACGUACUGGAUUGCUUCUCGAUUUCUCAUUUUAGGUUUUGAAUUGGAGCUAUAUUCACAAAGUGAAUAUUGCAUGGUAUAUUGGUACAUCUAUGUUGUCCUGAUCAAGAUUUUAGAGAAAAAGUCUCUUAAAAUGGCCGCGAGCAAUGACAGUGGUAAACGAAGGGGAAAGAAGAAGAGGGAUUCUGUUAAAGAUGUGGCAAGGGAUAUUCGGAUUCCGCCUGCAAUCUUGUUUCUUCAAUGCCAAAUAUGUCUUGCAGAGGGACUAGCAACGAUGCUUGCUGCUUUGAGGAAUGAACGUAUGAUGGUACAAAGUCCAAGCCCUUUUAAUACUGAGCAUGAGAGAUUUAGUCAGCACUUUGAGCUUCUACAAAAGGCUUGCAUUCCUGAUCAAGUCUCGUACCCCUUGUUUAAGGAUUCUACUACUCAUGCUCGUUUACUGAACCUAGUUAGGUAUGAUCACUUUAAAGAUGCUCAGAAGAUUGUGAAGGAGGUAAAAAGUAGUUUUUCCAACAACCCAGAAAAAUCUGCCGAACUACGAAGACUAGAGCAAGUAGCCGAGCACAAUAGCAUUGCCUUAAACAUAAUCUCCCGAGCCGGAGCCCUUGACCCCUCACUGAAGGUAUCAUUUGAGUUCAACCACCAUCCUUAUUUAGCAACAGCUGUUGUUAAGAGAUCGUGAAAUUCAUCUUUCAACGAUCGUACCAAUUUUGAAACACUCAUUACCUCCACAGAAAUUCAGAGGCAGAGUCUUGUAGUAUAGAACUUGUAACACCAAUUUUUGAAGCGACUUUUUUCCAGCUAUUCAUUUCAUCAAUUGUAAUCGCAAUGAGUAAAGAAUUAACCCCCCACAAUUAUCUGUGAGCUUUGGUCGCUUUCCCAUCUUUCUUAUCUCCAUUUCUAUCCCUGCUUUCUCUA